AAAAUAUCUAAAAAGCUUCCUCUGCCACCUUAUGUGAAGGAUAUCUUCAAAUGCCUUAGCUCCAAACCCAUCUCUGCUGCAUUUCUUUUUCAACUAACAGCACCAUGAAAUCCAUUCAAAAAGCUUUGGUUGCUUUAUUUACUUUGAUUCUCUUCCGUUUGCUCAUCUGCUUGGCACUGUCUUGUCACCAUGAUAGAAAUAUUCCACAGUUUAGAGCUCAACCCAGGAGAUUGCUAGGUUCUUUUGCUUCUUUUCCUGCUAAUCAAAACAAGUCAAGUGGAGCCACUCAAGAUCCGAAGAAAGAUAUGGAGGCAGGUCUAAAAAAGGCCCCACCAAGUGCUUCGAACCCUACUCAGAACAAGUAACUGAAGAGUGUUUGUGUAGAGAUCUCUGGAAGAAAGAGAAAUCAGGUCUGUUUCUGCAUUUUUGCAGUCGUCUUACUUUUAUUGUUUGACAGAUAUGAAAGUAGGAUCUCUAUUGUGUUCCUUCUAAUUAUUUCUCUUUGUAUCCAUGAAUUAUUCAAUAUUUUCUUGGAAGUCUUUGCUUAACAGCAGAUUUAGAAGAAGAAGGAAGUGUAUUUAAAUAACCCUGUAAUCCUACA